UUCUUCGUUAAUUUUAAAAUAAAAAUUCUGGCUAACACGUAAAAUCACUUCCUUUUUUCAUAAACUUCCGGCCGUAGAGAAUGGGCCGCGUUAUUCGAUCCCAGAGAAAAGGUCCUGGGUCUGUUUUCAAAGCCCAUACCAAGAACAGAAAAGGAAAGGCAGCUCUUAGAGCUGUAGAUUUUGCUGAGAGACAUGGGUACAUUAAAGGAGUAGUCAGGGAUAUUGUCCAUGACCCUGGUCGUGGUGCACCCUUAGCCAAAGUCCAGUUCCGUGAUCCAUACAAAUAUCGAAUCAUCACUGAGACAUUCAUUGCAGCAGAAGGCAUGCACACAGGUCAAUUUGUUUACUGUGGGAAGAAAGCAUCCCUGCAAAUCGGAAAUAUUCUCCCAGUUGGUGUUAUGCCUGAAGGUACAAUUGUAUGUUGUCUUGAGGAGAAAUCAGGAGAUCGUGGAAAGUUAGCUCGUACAUCUGGCAACUAUGCCACAGUCAUCUCUCAUAAUCCAGAGACAAAGAAGACCAGAGUUAAAUUGCCUUCUGGAUCAAAAAAAGUUGUUUUCUCAGCAAACAGAGCCAUGAUUGGUAUUGUUGCAGGUGGUGGUAGAAUUGAUAAACCUAUAUUGAAAGCAGGUAGAGCUUAUCACAAGUACAAGGCCAAGAGGAAUUGCUGGCCUAAAGUCAGAGGUGUUGCCAUGAACCCUGUUGAGCAUCCUCACGGUGGUGGUAACCAUCAACACAUUGGUAAAGCAUCUACUGUCAGACGUGAUGCCUCUGCUGGUAAAAAGGUUGGUCUUAUUGCUGCUCGUCGUACUGGCAAGUUGAGAGGUACCAAGCAAAUUGCAAAAGAAAAAGAAUAAAGUUAUUUGUGAUUAUGAUAAUAAAUUUGAUGGGAUUUCCAA